AUGUUUCUCCAACAAGCUUAUUGGCCCAUUGGGCAGUUGGAUCUCCGUCUCGCACUCAUGUCAUCCCUGAUAGCAUGUGCAGUCUUAACCCUGUUAACUGCCUUCGGACUGGUGAUAACAUCUCGCCGAUGGGCAAACACGAACGUCCCCUUCAUAACCGGAAGAAACCCCCUCUCGAUCCUCUACCAGCAAUACCGCUUCCUAGUCGAUGGACCAGGUCUAAUCAAAGAAGGCUACGCCCUCUAUUCAGACAGUCUGUUUGAAAUACCUCGCACGUUCCGGCCCGGCCAGGUAAUCCUAUGCAAGCCUGAAUUAAUUGAAGAAUUGAAAAAUGCCUGUCGGACUGUUACAUCUCCAGAACCGUGGAUCGACCAGUUACUGCAGAUCUCGCAUGUGAUGCCUGGCUAUUUUCCUAAGGGCGGGGGCUGGCCUGCUAUUGCUAAGACUACGCCGGGGGUUAUUCGGGGGACGGUAUAUAAACAGUUGGAGAGGUAUAUUCCUUCUAUUAAUGAGGCUGUUGUUGAGCAGGUAGGGAAGUUGGAGCUUGUGGGCGAUGAAUGUUCGGUUGGCUGCUUCGAUUUUGCAUACUCCGUCGUUGCCCGCAGUGGGAGUUUUGCGUUAGUUGGAGAGCGACUUGCCCGGAAUGAUGAAUAUCUGGAGGCUGUCAAGGAGCAUAUACUAGGCAUGAUUAUGACCACUCGCGUGCAGUUUCUGGUUCCGGACUUUCUGAAGAGAUACAUUGGUGGUUUCAUUAGUCGACUUGCUACCAUGUGCACAAAGUGGAAUAUGCAUACCUCACGCAAGACCCUGCUCAAGCACUUCGAUGCAAGGGCAGCCGAGUACAAGGUUGACAUGUCUCGGAAUUCGAGAAACGAGAAGCAGACCAAGAACGAGAGUUCAGAGAAGCCGGUCGAGAUAUUCCGCUGGCUAUACGAAAGCUCAGUCCUCCGCCAACGAUGGAGCUACUCAGAAGUAAUUGGAGAAAUGCUUCUCCUCCAAUUCGCGUUCAUCUAUACAACAGCCUACGUACGUCCAUCUAACGAACCAUACCGUGCGCAUAUUGACAAGGUGUCUAUCCAGGCUCUAUACGGGGCCAUAGCUGAACUUGCCCAGCGCCCAGAAUACAUCCCUGCAUUACGAGAAGAAAUCAAAGCCACAAUCACAGAGGCAAUCACAGUUGCGGCUUGUGAUAGAAUGGUUCUCUUAGAUAGUUUCCUCAAAGAGUGCCAGCGUCUGCAUCCCCCUGCAGCCGUAUCCGCUCACCGUGUUUGUGUUACAGCCGUUCCACUUUCCAAUGGUAUCGUGCUUAAACCCGGGACGCACGUUGGAGUCCCGAGCGGCUGGAUCCAGCGUUCCAGUAAAUCCUACACUGACCCGGAGGUAUUUGAUGGCUUUCGAUUUGCUAAAGCUGCUGCGGCCGGUGCAUCCGGUACCAAGCUUGUGGACUUGAGUCCUGGUUACCUUGUUUUUGGGAUGGGGGUGCAUGCUUGUCCUGGUCGGUGGAUGGCCAGUAGUCUGAUGAAGUUGGCGCUCGCGCAUUUGGUGUUGCAUUUUGAUAUUCUUCCUGGGUUGACGCCGGGGCCUUUGACAGGGUCGUUGUCGUUUGAGGAGUUCUAUGUUCCCAAUUUUGGGCUGAAGGUGCGGUUGCGGCGGAGGGUUUGA